AUGACCCGAUACAAGAGCACCCCUCUCUACGGCGGCGCCUUGGUCUGUGACCUUCCCGAGAAAUUUGCCGACGUCAGCAAACUGCGGGAGGUGCCCGACACCCAGGAGGUCUGGAUCGACCAGGAUGGCUUCACAAGCAUCAUCUUCGACAUUACGGAGCGCGUCGGGCCCGCUGGAAGCAGCCCUGAGAUUGACGGCCGCGCCAUGACUACGCACUUGGAGGAACUCGUCGGAGAAGAUAUCGAUACCGUCAAGGUCUGGAACACAACGGAAACGUCCUUUUCGCGUCUGGGGACCGACAUCCCCGCCUACACUCUCAUCGCUACGCAGACGCCACGCUCCAAGUCAGGCUCAGCAGCGCCUGACUUCACCGCCAUCAUUCUCACAUUGCUGCGUCUUGAAAAAGAGUCGACUGACAUAUUAAUCACCAUCAACGUGCCUCAUAUCAAGGGCGAGUACAACGAAGACGAUGUCGACCUGGAGCUGGGAAAGCAGGGUAAAUUGAUCGGCGAUGCGGUCGAGUACGCCGCGCGCAUUUGGGAGACAUUUAAGGUCAAGGAUUGGACAUUGUUCGUGGAGGUUUAA